CGCGCUGAGAGAGAAGUCGAAUUGAGGGACGCGCGAGGGAAGGAAGGUCUCCUCGCGCUGGAAUAAAAGCGCUAUUGAUUGUUGCUUUGGAGUAAAACUCCACUAUUCAGAGAGGGAUACAAUCGCUAUAAAUGAGGGGAAACGACGAAAAAUAGGGAUAUCACCAACCAGAAGUGUGAAAAUUGAAACAGAAAAGUUGUCAAGAAAACCCAAACAUUAAUUUACCUCAAACGGUUUGGUUGAAAGAUGAAUAUGGGUACUUUCUUCGGAUAAUUUUUGGAGCGUCGAGCCAGGAGGAACAGCAAUAGAAACGUAGACUAUCUGACUGAUAGUUAGGCCUAUGUGUUUUUCUUUAUUGGAAGCAAUUAAACAUGCAUUUGUGAAUCUGUUACGCAUUAGUGAAGGUUUAACGACACUAAAUUGGACUUUUCUUCGGGACAGGUGUUGGUUUUGAGCUUGAAUCAGUUGUUUAGUUGUUUUUGACUAGUUGUUUAGACAUUUGAAGUGUUAGUUGCGCACAGGUUAAGGUAAUAAUUUAUGGCACAUAUUCCGGCCCAAAAAUAUUUAGAUAGUUUAGGCUACUGUUUGUCAAAAAUAAAAUAAACCUAGGACAACCUCUGUUUAAUUCUUUAAAAACCUGUUAACAUGUUGUUAAACCUGAUAGCGGUUACAGCAACAGACCAUAACUAAGUAGUCUGUUUUUCGCUCAAUAAUAUGUGAAGCAGGGUUAUCGGAAGCAACACAACACGGUUACAUUACAACGCGCCCAAGCAAUACCACUGGAACUGUGUUUUCACGGAUCCCUGGGGAAUACCGCGAGUUGAAAGACCGCGCCUGUGUUCGCGCUGUUAUGCCGGAGCAUUGAAUUUAAACGAACUCUAGGGAAAUUAAAGCCAAGUCCAGAACAGAAAGAGAGAUAACACGAAGCCCGUCCGUCCUUUACAACAUGGAGCUGCACAAAUACCUGCUACUCCUCAAGUUAAUAGUUCUCCUCAAAGGGUUGUGUGAGUGUUUCAACAUCGAUGUUAAGCGGCCUCGUAUCUACACUGGUCCAGAGGAGGCCCUGUUUGGUUUCUCUGUGCUACAGCAUGACAAUGCGGGGGACAAAUCGAUGCUGGUUGGUGCUCCUUGGGAUGGACCUUCCAAUACCAGGAGAGGAGACGUGUACAAAUGCAUCGUGGGAGAGGAGAGGAGCUCCAACUGCACCAAAACCAACCUAGGUGAGAGCACGUUACAGAAUGUAUCUAGAAACCUGAAGAACUCUCAUCUAGGAAUGACCCUCAGUCCAGACUCACCUGAUGGAUUCCUGGCGUGUGCGCCCCUGUGGUCUCAGGAGUGUGGUACGUCAGUCUUCAGUACAGGGAUCUGUGCUUCUGUCAGCGAUGACCUGGAACCUAGAGAGACCAUCGCCCCUACAGCACAGAGAUGUGCAACAUACAUGGACAUAGUGAUCGUUCUGGAUGGCUCCAAUAGUAUCUAUCCCUGGUAUGAAGUCCAGAACUUCCUCAGUAACAUCCUCAGCAAGUUCCAUAUCAGCCCAGAACAGAUGCAGGUGGGGGUUUUGCAGUACGGUGAGGUUGCGGUCCAUGAGUGGUCACUGAGAGACUACCAGACAACACAGGAGGUGGUUGAAGCAGCUAAGAACAUCAGCCGACAGGAGGGGCGGGAGACACGCACAGCAUACGCCAUCCACAUGGGCUGCACGGAGGCAUUCAGCCCUGAGCGGGGGGCGAGGGAGGGGGCCACCAAGGUCAUGAUCGUGGUGACGGACGGAGAGUCACAUGAUGGGGAGGAGCUACCGGACGCUCUGGAGGAGUGUGAGAAGAGAAACAUCACCAGAUACGCCAUCGCUGUGAGGACGCUGGGGUACAACGAGAGCUCCUUCAAGUUUGAGAUGUCCCAGAUCGGCUUCUCCACACACGUUCUCGAUGAUGGCAUCCUGUUUGGGAUGGUGGGGGCGUAUGACUGGGACGGAGGGGUGCUGAAGGAGGGAGCUGAGGGCCGCAUCAUGCCCACCAGGAGAGGCAUCAGUAUGACCUGCUACACAGUGUCGUCAGUGAUAGUGGGAGACUGGAGGAGGCUGUAUGUGGCUGGAGCUCCCAGGUUCAAACACAAAGGAAAGGUCAUUCUGUUUGAACUGAGCAACAAUGGAGAUGUCAACAUUGCACAGGCCCUCAAUGGAGAACAGAUUGGGUCGUACUAUGGCAGUGAGGUGUGUGGGUUGGACGUGGACCAGGAUGGCAUUACUGAUGUUCUGCUGGUGGCAGCACCCAUGUACCUGGGCCCUGGCAACAAGGAGGCAGGCAGAGUCUACAUCUACUCCCUCAGUGGGGAGGAGGUGUUUGUGUCUAACGGUACUCUGAAGGCAGAGGAUAGGUCCCAGGAUGCUAGGUUUGGCUACGCCCUGGCCUCCGCCCCAGACCUCAACCAUGACGGGUACACUGACCUGCUGGUGGGGGCACCCCUAGAGGACGGACACAAUGGGGCCAUAUACGUCUACCACGGCCAGGGCAUACACAUCAUCCACAAUUACAAACAGCGUAUCGCAGGGUCGUCCCUGUCCCCCUCUCUGCAGUACUUUGGGCGCAGUGUGAGUGCCAGAUUGGACCUGGAUGGAGAUGGUCUGUUAGACCUGGCUGUGGGGGCCCAGGGCAGUGCUGUACUACUCAGUUCUCGUAUUAUAGUCCAGAUCAACAUGAGUCUGUCCUUCCAGCCCCACUCCAUCAACGUCAUCCAGAAGACGUGUCAGAGAGGAGGGAGGGAGUCUGCCUGUCUCAACGCUACAGCCUGCUUCCUGGCUCUGUCCCGCUCCCCUGGAACUCACAGCAACAGCUUUGAGCUGUCGGUGGUGGCCAUGUUGGAUGAGAGAAAGUUGACAGCGAGGGCGUUGUUUGACGACAGCAACCAGAGACAGUCACAGCUGGGGGUCAGAGUUCACACAGGACAGACCGUCUGCCACAAACUGCCCUUCCAUGUGUUUGACACAGCUGACUACAUCCGUCCAAUCAGCUUCUCCCUGCGCUUUAAGAUCAACGACACAGAGAGCGGCCCAGUGCUGGACGAAGGCUGGCCCACCACCUUCAAGAGAUCGAUUGCGUUCUUCAAAGACUGUGGUGAGGAUGAUGUGUGUGUCACUGAUCUGGUGCUGCAGGCUCAUAUGGACAUCUCUGGGACAAGACUGCAGCCCUAUGUGAUCCGUAGCCCUCGCAGACGUCUGGCUGUAGAAGUCCAGCUGCAGAACAGACUGGAGAACGCCUACAACAGCAGCCUAUCGCUGCACUACUCACGCAACCUCCACUUCUCUAGUCUCAGUAUACGGGAGGAUACCCAGUUGAAAAUUGAGUGUACAUCUCUCAGUUCCAACAGUCAUUCCUGUAAUGUCAGCUAUCCUGUGUUCCGCUCCCACUCCAAGGUGAACUUCAUGUUAGAGUUUGAGUUCAGCUGUACGUCUCUGCUCAGUAAAGUCCAGAUGAAACUCACAGUUGCCAGUGACAGUGUGGAGAGAGAGGCUACGUUGGGAGACAACAGUGUUCAGCUCCAGACUGUGGUUCAGUACGAACCUGACCUCUUCAUCACCAGUGACUCCAAUCUGAACCGAUAUGAGGUCCACCCAACCAGAACCAUAUCAGAGGCAAUAGGACCAGAGUUCUACACACACUUCAGGCUGCAGAACCUGGGCUGUUACAGUGUGAGUAACCUGGAGUUGAGGCUGAGCCUGCCCUCUGUAGCAGCUGGAGACAGAGUCUUCAUGGCUGUUACUGAGGUCUUCUCUUACAACGUGACAGGGGUGAACUGCAGUGUAGACAGUGACGUGUCCCAGCUGAAGGACAGACAGAGAGAUGUACGACCACUACAUCCUGAAGACAUGCAACAGACUGACCUACUGAACUGCAGCAGGUCGUGGUGUGUGGAGGUGGUGUGUGAGGUACAGCAGCUGCAUCGAGGACAGACCGCUCUCAUACGAGUCAGCCGCAGGGUCCACGACAACUUUUUCAGACAGGCUAAGUUUAAGGUGGUGAGGAUAGUGAGUGCCUAUCGUCUGGCUGCUCAGGAAUCUAACCUGGUCACUCUGGGGAGUGGCGCCAUCUGGAGGGAGACGGUGUUGGAGGUACUAAAGGGGCGGGCCAUCCCCAUUUCUCUCUGGAUUCUGAUAGGUAGCAUCAUUGGAGGGCUUCUGCUAUUGGCCCUCAUCAUCUUCGCAAUGUGGAAGCUGGGGUUUUUCACUCGUAAACAGAUAAAGGACGAGGAACUCGAGGACUGAGCCCGCACCUCGCCGCCAUGAUGUCAGUCAAUGGAUACAGUAUCUGUGACAACCAGAGAACCACAGAAAGAGUCCACUUCGUGCCCAUCCCCAUGGUAACGACCUGCACAGACUGCUCCGCCCCCCCCAGCAAUAAAAACAGAUGCCUUCCCUCUCUUCUAAAUCAUGCCCCCCCAUAAAGAACGCACAGCCGGUAUAGAUGAGCGUCGCCCAGUGUGUGUGUGAACUGUCAAAACCCCUAACACCACAUGGCACAGACUGCAUCUAUCAUCAGACACCCCAACAUCUUGUCUGUUUCUACAGGUGAACCCAUGGCUGUAGGGCUGUAGUUACACACCUGUUUAGAAAGGUACAGCAGGAAGGACGUGAACAGGAGUUUUCUGCAGAGAUGUCCCAGACAGGAAAUAAUGCUGUACACCACGUGUUAAACUCAUUCCACGGAGGGCUGAGUGUCUGCAGGUUCACUCCACUCUUGUACUUGAUUGAUGAAUUAAGGUCACAAAUUAGUGAGGGACUCCACUCAACAGGUUGUCUAGGUCUUAAUUGAAUGGACAAAACAAAAACCUACAGACACACAGCCCUCCGUGGAAUGAGUUUGACACUCCUGGUGCAAUGUGACUUGGUAUGAUGUUCAAUGACUGCAGACUUCAAACAGCGUAGAUCUGUAUAAGUAGAUACAGUACAGGUAUCAACCUGUAAUUAGUACCAUGUUGUAUAAGUAGAUACAGUACAGGUAUCAACCUGUAAUUAGUACCAUGUUGUAUAAGUAGAUACCGUACAGGUAUCAACCUGUAAUUAGUACCAUGUUGUAUAAGUAGAUACAGUACAGGUAUCAACUUGUAAUUAGUACCAUGUUGUAUAAGUAGAUACAGUACAGGUAUCAACCUGUAAUUAGUACCAUGUUGUAUAAGUAGAUACCGUACAGGUAUCAACCUGUAAUUAGUACCAUGUUGUAUAAGUAGAUACCGUACAGGUAUCAACCUGUAAUUAGUACCAUGUUGUAUAAGUAGAUACAGUACAGGUAUCAACCUGUAAUUAGUACCAUGUUGUAUAAGUAGAUACCGUACAGGUAUCAACCUGUAAUUAGUACCAUGUUGUGCUAUAUGGAAAGCAGCUCCAUCCUUCAAGGAAGCUUGAAUGAAAAUGCACUACCUGAUAAUGGGGGCCGCUUAUAAUCAUGUGAAUAUAUUUGUAUUUCUAUGAAACGCUGUUACAAACCUAACUGUCUAUUUAAUAUUCAGAAGUCAUCAUGACUUUAGAUUUUUCACACAUUUUCUCUACAGUACAGUUCAUUUUUUGAGUCAAAUUAAAACUGUUGAUAAUUAAAGUUUUUGUAAAUGUUA